AAAGAGGCUACAGCCUGUUAUCAAAAUGCAGUAUUCCCAUCACUGUGAGCACCUUUUAGAGAGACUGAACAAGCAGCGAGAAGCCGGCUUUCUUUGCGACUGCACUGUUGUUAUUGGUGAAUUCCAGUUCAAAGCGCACAGAAAUGUGCUCGCCUCUUUCAGCGAGUACUUCGGUGCAUUUUACAGAGACACGUCUGACAAUAAUGUUGUUUUGGAUCAGACUCAAGUGAAAGCUGAUGGAUUCCAAAAACUCCUGGAAUUUAUUUAUACGGGAAACUUAAACCUUGACAGCUGGAACGUUAAAGAAAUUCACCAGGCUGCCGACUAUCUCAAAGUAGAAGAAGUCGUCACCAAAUGCAAAAUCAAGAUGGAAGACUUUGCUUUUAUUGCUAAUCCCUCCUCUACAGAGACAUCUAGUAUCACUGGCAAUGUUGAAAUGAAUCAGCAGACUUGCCUUCUGACUCUGCGAGACUACAAUAAUCGGGAGAAAGCAGACACUGCUUCUGCAGAGUUAGUUCAACCACAGGCAAAGAAAGCAGCUUUAGAAAAGAAAUCUCCUCAAACCAAAAAGCGAAAGAAGAAUUUCAGCUCCCCCAAAAGCAUACAGAAUAAAUCCGUACAAUAUCAGAAUGAUGCGACCGAGAACACAUCCAUUGAAAUGUUUUUAGAUGCAAAUAAGCUGGCCACCCAGAUCACAGAACAGGCUGCCCAAGGCAGUGAUAACUCUGAACUACAGCUGGCAUCUGUGGUGGAAAGCGAAACGCUGGCAGCGCAGGAGAUCCUAGUUCAGUCUAUUGCAGCAAAACAGAAACGGGGAAAGCCUCAGCAAAGCUGCGCACUGAAGGAGCACUGUAUGUCCAACAUAGCCAGUGAAAAGAAUGCUUACCAGCUGGAGAGUUCAGGGGAAGAGCUUGACCAGAAGUACUCCAAAGCUAAACCAGUGUGCAACACCUGCGGAAAAGUCUUUUCAGAAGCUAGUAGCCUCCGUCGACACAUGAGAAUACACAAAGGAGUGAAACCGUACGUGUGUCAGCUUUGUGGGAAGGCGUUCACCCAGUGCAAUCAGUUGAAAACACAUGUAAGAACUCACACAGGGGAGAAGCCAUACAAAUGUGAACUGUGCGACAAAGGCUUUGCUCAGAAGUGCCAGUUAGUGUUCCACAGUCGGAUGCAUCAUGGAGAAGAGAAACCGUACAAAUGUGAUGUCUGCAACCUGCAGUUCGCAACUUCAAGCAAUCUGAAGAUUCAUGCCAGGAAGCAUAGUGGCGAGAAGCCCUACGUGUGUGACCGGUGUGGUCAGCGGUUUGCUCAGGCCAGCACACUCACCUACCAUGUGCGUCGUCACACGGGAGAGAAACCUUACGUGUGUGACAGUUGUGGAAAAGCCUUUGCUGUCUCCAGUUCUCUCAUCACCCAUUCCCGAAAACAUACAGGAGAGAAGCCAUAUAUCUGUGGCAUUUGUGAAAAAAGUUUUAUUUCCUCUGGAGAGCUCAAUAAACAUUUUCGGUCCCAUACAGGUGAAAGACCAUUUAUCUGUGAAAUGUGUGGAAAUUCUUACACAGAUAUAAAAAAUCUUAAGAAGCACAAAACGAAAGUUCACACAGGAUCUGAAACUCCCCCUGAUUCUAACGCACUCGAUAAUUCUUUCAAUGAACAAGAAUCCAUUCAGAGUCAGAAAAGUCCUUUAUCGGAGUCCAUAGAUGUGAAACCCUCUGAGAUGUCUUUAGCACUUCCUCUUCCCAUUGGGACUGAAGACCAUCAGAUGCUGCUUCCCGUGACGGGUAGUCAGUCUCCUUCCUCAGAAACAUUACUAAGAUCUGCUGUGACCGGAUAUUCAGAACCUCAGUUUAUUUUCUUGCAGCAGUUAUACUGACAGUGCAGUACAGAGCCAUCAAGGUAACUUGGUAGUGAACUUGCGUACAUUUGGUAAGACGAACACAAGCAAGCGGUCACACUUUUUGAAUUGGACUUUUUUUUUUUCUGCCCCUCUGUGUAAAGACACUUAUACGGCAUUUCCAUUGUGUAGUGUUGUCGUUUGGUUUUUGUUCGAUCGUGCUAAUCUACAGUCAAAUUUUUAUUUGCAAUUAACACUGAUUUCCAGGAGACAGUUCCUUUCCAGAAACACCUGCCUUAAGAAUUCUCUGUUAAUGUAUU